CGGCGGUCCCACUACCCCUUCGAACAAGAUGGGCGGCGCGGACGGACACGACCUCGAAGUCGGGGACACGGUCGACGUGCCCGGGGGCAUGCAUGGAACCAUCAAGUUCAUCGGCAGCGUUCGCGGCAAGAAGGGGCUCUUUGCCGGUGUCGAACUGAGCAGAGAGUUUGCAUCGCGCGGGAAGAAUGACGGCGAUGUUGACGGAACGCGUUACUUUACUACCUCUAUCCCGGGGUCUGGAAUAUUUCUGCCCUACCACCGCGCCUCCAGACGAGCAUCACCCACGAACUCCUCUGACACUUUUCCUCCAACUCCUACAACGCCGGCCUUCACGAACUUCAACCUUUCAACAAACGAUGCAUCGGAUAAAUACAGUCCCACGCCCUCCCUGCCAAAAUUCUCACAAUCCAUGGGCCCCGGAGCGCGAGCUCCAAGCCCCGUCUUCAAACCGAAAGGCCGGCCCUCUCUUCCCAGGCCAGAAUCGCCCUUUCGUAAGCAGCCUAACCUGGCCCCGACGCCGGGCAGAGCGCCAUCUCUAGGCCCAGGGUCCUUUUCGAAGAGCCAGAUCGGAGGCCCGAGAUUUACUUCAAGUCCUGCCCCGCAUAAGGUAGGCUCGCCCAAGCCUCGGACCCCAGGCCCUCCCUCCCGACCGUAUUCUCGAAACAACUCUCGCCUCGGGCAGCAUGCUGUCAUUGACGAAGAUAACGAAACUACACCUAUCGGGCUAGGCCGCACAAGCGAUAAUAGCUCUGUUUCCAGUUUCAACCCUAGGGGAAGACCCCCAUCAGGCCAUGCAGAGGAAGAGGUCCAGCGGCUCGCGAAGAAGCUCGAGGAACGCGACCGGCAAUUGAAGGAACAAGCGUCAUCCCUGGCUGAUAUGGAAUCUAGCCUCAUGGAGCUGCAGAAUCUGCUUCCCUCAGAACUGUCUGACCAGAUGCGGUCGCCACGCAUGGGCGGCCAAGAAGAUCAGGAUAUUGCGCAAUUACGCGCCGUGCUUCGGGAGAAGAAUGAGAAAAUAUCUAUGCUAACAACAGAAUUUGACGCUCACAGAGCUGACUUCCGGAGCACUAUAGACACGUUAGAAAUGGCCAGCACAGAAACUGAGCGAGUAUACGAGAAGAGAGUCGAAGACCUGAUGCACGAGAUCCGGGAGCUUCAGGAGAGAGGCGAGGAUGUUGAGAGUGUUGCUAGGCAGCUUAAGCAGCUAGAGGAGCUUGUACAGGAGCUAGAAGAGGGCUUAGAAGAUGCGCGCCGUGGAGAAGCUGAAGCUCGAGGAGAAGUAGAAUUCCUAAGGGGCGAGGUCGAGCGCGGCCGAUCGGAGCUGCGACGAGAGCGAGAGAAAGCAGCAGCGGCUUUGAAGGGUGCGGGCGCGAUAAUGGACGGCCCGGUUAGUCCUGGGGGCAUGCGUGAAGUUGAGCAACGAGACGACGAGAUUAGGGGCUUGAAAGCCAUCAUUCACUCCCUCAGCUCUGGACCAGACCUUGGAGGCCCAAGCUUAGAGCGUGGUCAUUCGCCGCUGCAGCGCAACGGAGCAAUCCCCAUGAAGGACACAGAAGAGGUGGCAAGGACUCAUGCAAAAGUAGAGCGCUUAGAGCGGGAGAAGGAGGAGUUACAGGGCCUGGUGGAGCGCAAGGCGUUUAGGGAGGAAGAGUUGGAACGUGAGAUUGAACGUCUACGGAGUGAGGUCAGGGCAUCAGAGCAGCGCGAUAGCCUGAUUAGCAAUGUAGCGUCGGAGCGCACUGCCGUGCAAGACAAACGAUCCUCUGGACGCGAUUCAAAAGGGACGACCAUCAGUUGGCGAGACGCGCCACAGCAUCGCCAUGACCCUCCUCAGCUACUGGAGCCAAUGAUGGAGUCUGACACGCACUCGUCGGCGGACGGAAGUGUGCUGUGGUGUGAGAUCUGCGAGACGGGUGGACACGACAUCCUGAACUGCACUGCUAUGGGAGGCAAUGCAGACGGCGCUGUGAGGACGCCGGACAGUGUGAAGCGCAACGGCAAGGAUGCAGUCAUCCACGGCCUGAGGAACCUCUCGAUGUCGUCUGAGGGCGCGCAACCGGCACCCCUAACGCCCAAGAAAGCGCAGACUCCAGGCAAUGCACCGUCUGCACCACUCCCGAGCCCGCUGGCAAUGGGCCUGGUGCCUGCCAAGGGCAGCAAUGUGGCGGAUCCUGACAAGUGGUGUGCGCUCUGCGAGAACGAAGGGCACGACGUGACGGCAUGUCCCAACGAGGACGCAUUUUGAAGCAUUUGCAGCGAUGAUAUCCAGGGGCAUGGGAGGCAUGUUGGAGCGCAAAUUAUUAUACACUAAUAUACUUGUUGGAUUACGUUAAUAGUGGGCGUGUGUCUUGUACGUAGGCAGGAGAGGGAGUAGUCAUCGCAGUCAGGCUCCGUUGAAUAAUGUGGCAAUCCAACACCGUCGGCGGUGGCCUGGAGAUUCACCACCCUCCCCAAACCUAUCGCUUCAAAUCUGUUAACGAUGUACUACAGAACCCCCAGCAGUGGUGGGUGACUGUACCUAACCCAGAGAAAGCGUUUACCUCAAGGUAUUAAGUUUAGAGUGGGACCUUGCACUUUUUUAUGGACUGCCACCUUAUGCUCAAAGGAGCCUGCCAGUGCAUCUAGAAGCCGUAGACGCGCC